CAAGCGUCGCGUUUGUGUGUACGUUUCCAUGUGGAGCUGUCACACGCACACACACGCACCUAUUAUCGUUAGAGCUCCUUGUAUUUUUAUCUGAAGAAACGUCGUGCUAUCAGCCGGCCCAGACAACGGCCCAGGAGAGGAACUACACCCAUGAAUGGAUUGCACGGUGUCAUCUGUUGGCUGACCUAUAUCACCAGGAUCCAACCUUUCUAACAACGGAUCAGUUACUGCAAGAUGAGUCUUGAACUUCAAGAAUUGCACUGUGUUUCCACAACUUCUUUUAUAAAUUAGGAACGUUAACAGGCUGAUGAAACCGUCUUGAGAGAUGAUGAAUCGCUACACCACCCUGAAGCAGCUGGGAGAUGGCACCUACGGCAGCGUGCUGAUGGGGAGAAGCAAUGAGACUGGAGAACUGGUGGCUAUCAAGAGAAUGAAGAGGAAGUUUUAUUCGUGGGAAGAAUGUAUGAACCUAAGAGAGGUGAAGUCACUGAAGAAGCUGAACCAUGCGAAUGUGGUGAAACUGAAGGAGGUGAUCAGAGAGAACGAUCACCUCUACUUUGUCUUUGAGUAUAUGAAGGAGAACCUCUACCAGCUUAUGAAGGACAGAAAAAGAUUGUUCCCUGAGUCAGUGAUAAGAAACAUAAGCUUUCAGAUUUUACAAGGCCUGUCAUUUAUUCACAAAUAUGGUUUCUUUCAUCGAGACAUGAAGCCAGAGAAUCUGCUGUGCAUGGGUCCAGAACUGAUAAAAAUAGCAGACUUUGGACUGGCCAGAGAGAUCCGCUCCAAACCUCCUUACACAGACUAUGUAUCAACAAGAUGGUACCGAGCUCCAGAGGUCCUGCUGAGGUCGUCUACCUACAGCUCUCCUAUUGACCUGUGGGCUGUGGGCUGCAUCAUGGCUGAACUCUAUACUCUCAGGCCUCUUUUCCCUGGGAACAGUGAAGUGGAUGAGAUCUUUAAGAUCUGCCAAGUCCUAGGCACUGUCAAAAAGACGGACUGGCCAGAGGGCUAUCAACUAGCUUCUGCUAUGAAUUUUCGCUUCCCCCAGUGUGUGCCAACCCACCUAAAGACCCUCAUCCCUAAUGCCAGCAAUGAGGCUAUCGCCCUGAUGAAGGACAUGCUGCAGUGGGACCCCAAAAAAAGACCCACUGCUGUACAGGCCCUGCGUUACCCCUACUUCCAGGUAGGCCAGAUUUUAGGGCCUCGCCCUCAGAGCCAGGAGGUUAGGAAGGUCCAGGCCAGACCGGUGGCUCAGAAGCAGGCCUCGGAGCUCAAGGCUGAUCCCCAGCAGUCUUCUUCUGAGUCCAAAGCCUCCACAUCCUCCUCUAGAAACCAACAGCAGGACCAUCAGCCUCUUCAGCAGAUCCCCCUUCCCCAAAGUGAGAGUAAACCAGGAGGUGUCAGCCAUGCUAAAGCAGCAUCGCUGGGCAGUGAGAACACUGUUGCUGGGAUGGGGGUGCUGAAAAGUGGCCGUCGUCGCUGGGGCCAGGCGCUGGCCAAGACCUCAGAGAGCUUGGAGGAAUCUGACCCGUCAGAAACCGCCGCUUCCAACUCCAAGAAACCCAGCCUGGGAAACACAGAGGAGGAGAGGAGCCCCAAGGAGCACCACCCACAGCCAAAGGAGCAGAAACCGCUGUAUUCCUUCAGCACAGUAACUAAGCUACCCAACAACGUCAGGGUGGGUCAAAUGGACUCCAGUCUCCCAGGAUCUGCAGCACGGCAGCACUAUCUCAGCCAGUCACGAUACUUGCCAGGGUUGAUCGGCAAGAAUCCGACUGCUGCUGGAGAUAAGGAGAUGAGUAGUAUGACGCUGCGGGACCUUUGGGAUAACUCCUCAAACACUGUAAAUAAACCCCUUGCUGCUAUUGGAGGAGGAUUAUCUGUCACCAGGGCCAACGCAGAAGAGAAUUCCUCUAAAUCUGUGGAUAGCCCAGCAGAGAAAACUGUUGUUAAAGACAGAAUACUGGAGAAAAUUGAUCUCUCCAAAGGGAACUUUGUAAGCACCAAGUACAACCUCUCUGGCGGUUAUAUGCCUUCAUUCCAAAAGAAAGAGGUGGGCUCAGUGGGACAGAGAAUCCAGCUUGCCCCUUUGGCUGGCCAGCACACAGUCAAUCUUUCUUCUUCUCCUGAUAAUAAAAAAGAGAAAGCAAAAUCUACCAAGCCCAAGCCCAUAUCCAACUCAUCUUUGAGUGAGCCCAAUGAAGAUUACAACGGCUGGAAGAGGAGGGCGGACAGGACUCAGGUGAAGGGGAGCAGCUACUCAGCUCUGGGGAAAACCUCUGGGAAUCUCCUGACCAGAGCUCCCGCCGUACAGCCUGUCCAUGGCAGGGUGGACUGGACAUCCAAAUAUGGUGGAAAUCGGUAGUUCAGAAAGAAGACGUACAGCUUGUUGGACUGUGCUGCCUAGUGGGACGCGUUUGGUACGUGACCAAAAGCAGAGUUUUAACCAUGCUCAAACUCAAACCUGGAGGAAAUUCUGUGUAUAAAAUUUGGUAUCUUCCCCGAGACAAAUCACAUUUUCUAAAAACCCAAUAUGCAGGUAGCUGGUAGGGGACAAAAAGUAAUGUCACUAAAGAUGUACGCGACCCAUCCGACAUUCUUUGAAGAAACAUUUUUCAUGCCGCUGGACGAUCAAUUUGUUCCCUUGGAGUUUCUCUUGACAGUUGCCAUGAUGCUGAACCACUCCUGGUUCCAGAAUCCAGUGUGAGCCAAUUCUUCUGUUAGUGUUAGGAUAUUCUGAGUAGGAUUUCAAUGUGGCAUAUCUCUUUUUUACUCUAGUUUUUAUUGUUAAGUUGUAUUGUUAAGUAUUAUUUUACAACCGACAACAAAGCAGAAACUUUUCCUAACGGUUCCUUCAAUUCUAUAUUCACUCUAUUAUAAUUCAUCAUAGGAAAAUCUUAAGUGUAAAAUAAUGAUGCACCAAUCCGACUUUCGCAGUCCUGAUACUGAUACCAAUACCUGGGCUUUAGGUAUCGGCCUACAAGUACCCAUCUGAUACCUGUGUAAAACGAAAAAGCUGUCUUCUUCACUGUGACGAAGAGGCUGGGAAUUAUUAUUUAACGUAUAAGGCAACAUUAUACUUGACUUAUUGUUCCUAACUUACUAAAACAAAACGUUCAGGUCUACUGGUGCACUGCUGACGCAUCACGUAGUAUGCGUGUAAUUGUAUUAAAUAGAUCUGCCCCCUUGUCACAAUACCGAUUGAGUCAGUAUCAGAUCGGUGCAUCCCGAAGUGUAAUGGCUAUAAAAAUGAUUAUGUGAACUUGUUCUGCAUACUGCAAGACAACCGCACACCUAUUUGUAUUAUGCAAUGAAUCAACUGAACAUUUUGUAAACAUUUUAUACUAAUAAAUUUAUGAAAAUUCAUACUUCAUUCAUUCAAAAAGGACAAGACAAUCUUUCCUAUUAUAUAAACAAGGUAC